AUGCCCGGACGCCUUUUUGUCGUGACUGGAGCAGCAGGGACUGGAAAGUCCCACGUUCUGUCUUUGUUGAGUAUUAUUCAGGCAAAACGUGGUAACUUUGAGUACCCCGUUCACCCAAAGGAUUUCGAUGGUAGCUGGCUUCCAACAUUCACCAGUUAUGUCAAGUCUACUAUCGGAGAAAAUGAGGUUCCUGAGAAGAAAAUGGUCAAAGGAAUGGUAUCGGUAAACUUGACGACACCAACACUCAAUUCUUCAUCGCCAAAUGACAAUUCCAGUUCGGAUAGAAAGAAGGAUGGCAAGAAAAGAUCACAUGACAAAUCUGGAGGCCAGUCUUACAACAAAAAGGAUUCAAAUAAUUCGUCUUUCAAAGACAAGAAAGAAGCAGAAACAGCAGAAGAAGCAGCCUUUCGAACGUGA